GAUAAUGGAUGUCUGAUGUCCCAAUCGCCUAGUUGUCUGGUGGCCUAAUCGCCUAGCUGCUUCUGGCUCAGUAUUCACGUUCUGGGUUAAACUGGGUUACGGCGGUGCGUUGAAGCGCAGGCGCGAGUUUUGCAAAGCAGGUUUAGUGCUGCUGCUCUAUAGUUGUAGUAUUGUGCACAUACAUUCGUUAACAACUAAAGCUCUGAGUGUAGCUCUGAGGGUGGAAGCCCAGCACAGUUGUGACAGCUAAAGCUUUUUGCAGCUGCUCUAAAACACCAUGGAUUAUAUGCAGCUGCUCGUUGGUCUGCUGGCCAUUUUGCUGGCGUCGAUUCUAUUGCUGCGGUCAUCUGGCAAGCGCUUGAGCCCGCGCUUUCGAGUUCCGCUCCUCGGCGACACGAUUAAAAUGGCAAAGCGCCCUGCAGAGUUCCUCUUCUCGAGGUUUAAGGAGUUUGGGCCGGUCUUCACACUCGACCUGAUGGGCAGCACCUAUUGGGUGGUCGCUGACAUGGAUGCGCAGCGGCGCUUCCUUUACCGCACUGAGGGCGCGUCAGCGGAGAUUCCAAUCAAGUCCUUCAAAAUGCUGACUGAAUUGCCCAGCCCCAACAGCGACCGGGUGAACCACGCCACCUGGCGCAAGGCCACGAUGGCGGCUGUGGGGCCCCACGCGCUGCACACACUGUUCCCGCCCGUGCUUGAAGUCAUCCGGGCUCACGCGGACCGCUGGACGCAGCAGGCUCAGCAGCAGCAGGGCGGCGGCGGCGGUGGCGGGGGUGGCGGCCAACUUCAGAUCUACCGAGCGUGCCGCAAGCUUGGACUGGACCUGUCGGUGGAUGUGGUGGCGGGUGUGGACCUGCCCCAGUCCGUGGACCGAGGCGAAUUCAAGAAGCAGGUUGAGGUGUGGCUGGACGGCCUGUUUGUUCUGCCGCUGGCGCUGCCGGGCACCAAGCUGGCCCGGGCCAUGGCCGCCAAGAAGUGGCUGCUCGCCACACUCAUGCCGGCACUCAGCGACGUGCACGGCCGCUUCAGCAAACAGUGGUCGCAGGUGGGCGGUGACAUGGCCGCUAUGUCGGAGCUCCUCAUACAACAGCUGGACCAACAGGAGGGCGAUGACAUGGGCGCCAGCAGCAGCAGUGGAGGCGGUGGUGGUGGUGGUGGUGGUGGUGGGCCGGAGGCGGCGGCGCCCGCGCCGCAGGGGCAGCAGCAGUCGCUCUUCCGGCUGCCGCAAGCGGUGAUGCUCGGAUUCUUCGGACUCAAGGCCACAGGGCUGCGCGAGUCCGCCAUCGCUGUGCUGCAGGCCGUUGCCGCGGCGGCGGACACCACCCGCGUGACGCUGUUCACGGUGCUCGCGCUGGUCGCCAUGAGCCCGCGAGUGCAGGAGGAGAUCUUCGCCGAGCAGCAGAAGGUCAUUGCGGAGUACGGCAGUGAGCUGUCGUACAAAGUUGUGUCCGACAUGCCGUACCUGGAGGCGGUGGUGAAGGAAGCCAUGCGGCUGCUGCCGCCCGCCGCCGGCGGCAUGCGUGUCCUGUCCGAGCCGCUGACGGUCGGGGACGUGACUCUGCCGACAGGUGCACUCUUGCUCAGUUACUCCUUCCUCAUGCACUGCAUUGACCCGGCGCUGUGGGAUGGCGACACGAGCGUGGACGUGCCGGCCCACAUGGACUGGCGCAACAACUUCGAGGGCGCGUUCCGGCCCGAGCGCUGGCUCAGCGAGGAGACCAAGCCGAAGUACUACUACACGUUUGGCGUGGGGAAACACAUGUGCGCCGGUAUCCACCUCGUCUACAUGGAGGUGAAGACGAUGGUGGCGCUGCUGGUCCGCAAGCACCGGUUGAAGCUGCAGACGCCGGACAUGUUCGAACGCGCGACUUGGUUGCCGUUCACGACGCCGGCUCCCGGCACCGACACGGUGCUCUUCGAGCCGCGGUAGCUCCUCAGUGGUAGUACACGCUGUGGGCAGAACCUCACGGCGCAACCCCUGGGUGUUGUCCCGUGCUUCCCGACUGUGGCGUAGAUGCAAGUGGUGGGGAUCUGGCGGUGUUCGGCUUGGCUGGCACCUUGGCUGGCACUCUCUGUGCGCGGAGUUACACGGAUUUUGGCAGCGGUAGGGUGUGUUGUGCAGCAACCCUGGAGUGUUGGUGGCGCGAAUUUGGUCGCCUGGCAGCAUCAGAUUGUCCCUUCUGUAAGCCGGCAAUCGU